CUCUUCGAUGACCAAUCGGUUUGGUUGAAUAGUGGGAUACCGAACAACGGGUGGAUAGCAAAAGUUGACCGAGGUAUAAAAACUACCGGACGUAACCAGCAAAAGCAUCAGUUCACUUUCAACACUCUCCAGCGUAGCAAUAGAGCAGUGUGACUUACUAAAAACGUGACCAGUGCAAACUGACCCGCUGUUUAGCUUCUUCGAUAGUAAAGAUAGACGUACAACUCGCGAAUGGCAAUGGCUGGUGAAAUGGUGCUGGCAAGUUGUCUAUUCGCAUUAUUACUUGUGGUACCGGGACUGGAUGGAUCCUACCCAAGUGCUUCCGGACAGGAGAAUGUGUUUCCACAUGCGCUGAAGAAUGUUCAUUCUGUAGAAGAAAGAGGUCCCUUUCAUGCGUCUCAGGAGUAUCAUCCACAUCAACAUGCUCUAGACUAUCAGCAUGUGGCAGUUCCCCCUCAACAGCAUCAUCCGCAUCAAGUCUAUCAUCCAGCACCGAACCCCGAACAGCAGCCGCAUCUCUUCCAACCUCAUCAGCAGUAUCUAGUUCAGUCUACGUACAAUGUUGGCUCUCACCAGGUUGAACAUCAAGUUCAACAAUCUCACCUUCACCAGGCUAAACAACGCCAUACGGCACUGCCGUACAACAAUCAGCGUUUGCACGUGAAGGUAGAUCACCCAGGAGUUACGCAUGGAUUCGCUCAUCCAGUUGAUCCGAUUGCGCAACACCAUCGACAACAGGUUGCCCAGGAACCGAAGAAGGAUUAUCGAUCAUUGAUUCCGAAAAGUAUCGCUCCGAAGCUAAACCCACUGCAUCAUUCUUUCCACCAAAAGCGUAACUUUGUGCCACUGCAUCACAUCACACGACAGGUGCCACUUCCGGCGGGAAAGAUGAACCAGGGACAGCAACACUCCCACGUACAAUCUCAACCAGUUAAGGCAGCUCUAUCUGCUCCACCACCGAAGCAUAUUUCUGGAUAAUGUUUGCCAAUAGCAUUUGUUUAAUAAAACAUAUUUAUUUUCAAACCAAACAUGAAAUUAUCUAAUUUUGUUCCCAAUAACGGAAAUGAACGUAUAAGGUACUUAAGAAAAAUAGUUGAUUAAAAUACUUAAAUGGGCGUCAUAUUGUGGUAUCAUGUUAAAUGAACCGUUCAGUUGAAAUUUAAAAGUCUAAACACUAACCUUUUUAUUGAGUGAUUUUUGUGAUUAUUGAAAGUAAAGUGAUGCAAGAAAGGGUGUCUAUUUUAUCAUCAAAAAGUUAUGUAACAUAUCUAAAAAUAACAUAUCAUGUAACAUAAUGGUAUUUAGAGAAAGAGAAUGUUUAUAUUACCGUGUAGUUUU